UUUCAACUUGCUACAUUGAAGAAAACAAUGAACUACCUUAUUUUCACUAGGUCCUCAAUGUUUUUGAUAAAGCUCCUUCUUUCACUUUCAUAGUAAAAAGAAAGCUUUGAGCAACCUUGGCCUUUGUUGCAAAUAACUCAGGCCAAGUUUCAGAAUUAAUUGCAUCAGUUUUGUGUCAGGCAUUGAAAAUUUCUGUGAUAUCUUGAUCUCUGUAUAGACUUUUGGGCUAGAAAAUGAGUUGACCCACUCUGGUUUCUGUGAUACUAUGAAACUGAACAAUUCUCCUGAUAGAAAGCUACUUUUAUGGUUUUACUGACAAACAACAGGUUUAGAGACUUCAAAGCUUCAUGUGGCUGAAUGGGUUUUUCUCUUUUUUCUAGAGAGUGCAGCACAGCACAGAAAUACUUCAAGAUCUGACUCACAGAAAUAUUUCUGAUUUUCUGGUGAAAACGUAUCCCAUUUUGAUAAAAGGAAGCUUGAAGAGCAAAUACUGGGUCAAUGAGCAAAGGUAUGGAGGAAUUUCUAUAGGAGGAAAGCUUCCCAUCCUUCAUGUUUCUGGAGAUGAAGUUGUCAAUUUUUUAAGUAAUCUGGGCCGAAUGAUGAAUGUCACAGGAGGACAAACUUCACUGGCUGCUGCUAAAGAAUUCUCUGAUUUCCUUAAAUACAUGGAAACUGAAGAUAAUAUUAAGGUGUGGUUUAACAAUAAAGGCUGGCAUGCUAUGGUUAGUUUCCUUAAUGUAGCCAAUAAUGCAAUCCUUAGAGCUAAUCUGCGGACUGGCCAAGCCCCUGAGGAAUAUGGGAUCACUGUUGUAAACCAUCCUCUGAACCUCACUAAGGAACAGCUCUCUGAAGUCACUGUGCUGACCACCUCAGUGGAUGCUGUUGUUGCCAUCUGUGUGAUUUUUGCCAUGUCCUUUAUUCCAGCUAGUUUUGUUUUAUACCUGAUUCAAGAACGUGUGACAAAAGCCAAGCAUCUCCAGUUUGUUAGUGGUGUUAGCCCUGCUGUCUACUGGCUAACUAACUUCAUGUGGGACAUAGUGAAUUAUGCAGUGAGUGCUGGAUUGGUUGUGGUUAUAUUCAUUGGAUUCAAGAAGAAAGCAUACACUUCUCGGACUAACCUCCCUGUGUUUGUUACCUUGUUGCUUCUGUAUGGGUGGGCAGUAAUUCCCAUGAUGUACCCUGCUUCUUCUUUCUUCAGUGUCCCUAGCACUGCAUAUGUUGCACUGUCUUGCAUUAAUCUCUUUGUGGGGAUCAACAGCAGUGCUAUUACAUUCAUUCUGGAGCUAUUUGAAAAUAACCCGACUUUGCUGAAAUUUAACAAAACUUUGAAAAAUGUGCUAAUUGUCUUCCCACACUUUUGCCUGGGUCGUGGCCUCAUCGACUUGGCCAUAAACCAGGCUGUGAGUGAAGUAUAUGCCAGGUUUGGUGAGGAGCAUGUUUCCAAUCCUUUUCAGUGGGACUUUGUUGGGAAGAACCUGGUUGCCAUGGCUGUUCAAGGAGUUGCAUUCUUCUUUCUGAAUCUCCUUAUGCAGCACCAAAUAUUCCCCUCGAGAUGGUUUGUUGAGAUUGCUAAGUCACCUAUUAUUGGUGAAGAUGAGGAUGUUGCAGAAGAAAGAAAAAGAAUUCUGAACGGGGGAAACAAAACAAAUAUCUUAGAAUUACAGGAACUGACCAAGAUUUAUGCAGGUAGGCAUAAGCCAGCAGUGGACAGACUCUGUGUUGGCAUCCGUCCUGGAGAGGUAAGUUGGUCACUAUCACUAGAUGAAUCAUCCAGGGAUCAGUUCAAAUUGCAUUCUCCUGUUGUUUUAUAAGUUGGAAACACUAAAUAAUGUGUAUUUUUUUUUUUU